AUGCCUAUGGUCGUACCUGGUAUCAACUCCUCUAUGGGGGACAAGUCCGAAUGGGUCAACAAGUUGAUGGGAAAGAAGAUCAGUGACUCGGGGAGUGAUGAGAUGUCUUUCGCGAAGAAGGAUCUUCCGCAAAAUCACCGUGUGCUGAAGCCCGAUGACAUGAAGACCAUGGACCACAACCCCGAUAGACUCAACAUCCAUGUUGGCCACGAUGGUACCGUUCAGGAUGUCACCCACGGCUAG